UUUGCGAACGAUUCCCAGCCAAUGUGCGUGUUUGUUCGGUGUAGGAAAUUAUCACACUUUCACGGGUGCAACGAUCGCAGGUGUGCUUGCAGUGUGUUGUUUGUGCUUUAUGAAUUAGGAGCGAACGCCGAUACCAACCGUUUAGCGUCGAUAGAUGCAGUGUUCAGUGACAGUGAGAAGCAACUUUGGUGAACGUUGAGCAACUUCUGCAAAAUCAGAUAAUUGUGACGAACGGAUAUUGAAGUGCAAAAUGCAAGGCUUUCGGAACUACGGCAUGGAUGCACUGCAGCAUCGCGACUCAAGCGUAGGAUUAGCCGUCGACCUGAUGGCACACCAGUACAGCGCGAAGGCGUCGCCUCCAUUAUCUCCACUAAGCGACUGCAACAGUCCACCUUCCUCGGAGCACGGAGGCAACAACCAGCAGCCGCCCCUGGACCCAUCUGUCCGGCGCUACCGAACCGCCUUUACCCGCGACCAGCUGGCCCGUCUCGAAAAGGAGUUCUACAAGGAAAACUACGUCUCGCGACCCCGUCGCUGCGAGCUGGCCGCACAGCUCAACCUACCCGAGUCCACCAUCAAGGUUUGGUUUCAGAAUCGCCGCAUGAAGGACAAACGGCAACGGAUAGCGGUGGCCUGGCCGUACGCUGCCGUCUACUCGGAUCCGGCGUUUGCCGCCUCGAUCCUGCAGGCAGCUGCCAACUCGGUCGGCAUGCCGUACGGCUAUCCGCCCGCACCCAUGCUCACCCAGAUGCCAGUUAUUCCGCCGCCGGUAGUGCCGGGUGCGAACAGUAUGCAAACAAGUGCCCAUGCCUUCACCGCUUACGGCUACCCCCGCUACACACCGUAUCCGCUCCCGCAGCGCACGACCGCUACCACACUGCCCGGGGCACCCGUCACCGGACCGACGGCUCCCGGAGUGUAUCCAGCGGCGAACUCCAUGUUGGUCACCGGCACUAUGCCACCCUCGCAGUACGCACCACUCAGCAUGCCAAAGGCUCAAACACCACCGCAGGACACCGUCGGCAGUGGUGCACAGCACCAUCUUCACCACCAAGGCCGAAGCCCUGUUGCAUCGCCCCAUUCGGCACUCUCGCUCAGUCCCGUGUCCGUUUCCAAAUUUGACACUUCCGCAUCGACCUCAAACUCGAGCAACGCCAGCGUCAGUCCGGUAAAGUCCCUUAACGGUUCGACGAAGGGACUGUUGCUAGCGGCCGCCGCCGCUGCCGUCGUCAACCAGUCAGUUAGCCCGCAGACAACGUUACUGCCCGUGACGCCGGAAAAACCGAAACUGUUCAAGCCUUACAAGUGCGAAGCGUAAUCAAAUCGAGGCGGCAGCAAUCGACCUUCGGACGGGUUGACGUGUUGUAACGCACGGAUUUCGCGUUUGUAUCAAACGCAUAGCAGUUGUGCAUAGAACGACGUAUUGUACCAUAUUGUGAAGCAUUUAGUUGAAGCUUACGGUAGGAAAAGUGAAAUUGUUCUGUUGUUUUAAUAAUUUAUUUACCAUGUACCCUGUAAGAACUCGUGACAAACGGAUGUAAAAGGCAACGUUGUAGAUACUGUAAAGUUUAGCCUAAUGCCACUGUUUUAGAAAAUUAAUCGAACUUGCCAGGUCGAUCUACUACGAAAGAGUAAAACCAACCAAUAAAUACGAAGGAUGUAAACCUUUUUAUAAAGAAAA